GGUAAAUAAAAUACAUACAGAUUCAUAUAACAAAGUGAGGUUUUAGGUUUUAGGGUGUUGGAGAAGAGAGGAGUUGUGAAGAGUUGAAGUAUCAGUUCGUAAUGGGAUACGUGCAAGAAGCCAGAGAAAAUCACGUCAAAAAGAAGGUUGAAGAAGGAAAAACCACCCAUUACAUGUGUAACUGUCUCAUGACAGUUACUAAGUUUCGUAAUUGUUUAUUUUGGCCUCCUGGAAUAAGUUUUUAUAACUUGAGGCACAUCAAAAUUAAACAAGCUCUCCGCAGUAAAAUGAAGCAGAAAGCGCUCAAAGAAUGUGAUCGAUAUACUACAAAAUAUGCUGAGUGUGCCUCAGGAAGAACAAUAUCUGUUGUUUGGCAGUGUCGCAAACAAGCCAAGGAAUUAAAUGAGUGUCUUCAUCAGUACACGAAUGACUCUGUUUUGGAAGAAAUGAAGAAAGCAUACAUGCUCCAACAGAAUGAACAGGGAUCACUUAGAGUUUGAGUAUGCCUUUCAUGGUUCUUCGAGUUAAGUUGUCUCCACAUUGUCUGCAGUUCAGAAGGCCUUCACUUUCUUAUCAGGAUUUGGCUGUGAUUUGUGAUUGAGCAGUACGUUUUUGCCUUGUUGGGUGCAUUUAGUUCUUGGUGGAACUCAGAGAAAAUUGAAUAAAUUACAUGCUAUACUUAAGUCACUAAUUUUCAAAUUGGGUGAGGAGUGAACUUCUAUUCCCCCUUGUUUCAGUUAUGCAAGUCAUUUUGAGACGAGUUCAUUUAUUUUC